AUGAGUCAUCACAUUCCUGUCGACGACUCUAGUAAGACGUCGAGUCUGUUCGCCUGCUGGGAUAACAAUAAGGAUGGCGCCGCAAACUGUCAUGAAGCAAUCGCGGAUGCCAAUGUUACGACUACUUCUGAUACUUCUGAGACUGCCACCGUCGAGGUCGUCUGGUCUGGUACGGGUCAGAGUCAACGCGCUGACGAUGCCGUUGCCGUUGCUCAGUACGCCUCGUCUCAGACAUCUCCCUUGUCGUGUGGGCUGAACGACAGAACGUCAACUUUUGCCUACCUGAACGACGUCUUUAUCGGCGUCUGGACCGGGCCGAUGGUGGACAAACAGACAACAGUCAACCUUCUGGACCAAGUUAUUUCUGGCCUCAAGAAUGAAGUCGAGGGCAGCUUCCAACUCUCUCAAGUAUGUGGCUCGAACAGAGCGGCAGAUUACACCGUUGGUGUGGCCGUGGCAAUUCCAGAGUCAGUGGCAGAUCUGACAGCCCUUGCUCAAGUCCAGAAUGCUGUCAAGACCUGGAGCAUGGGCAAUUGCGUUGCUGCAGACCCAAGCUCUUCGAAAACCUCCAAGUCAACCCUUGAGGUUCAUCAGUCAGCCCUGGCAAGCCCCAGCGAUCGCCGCGACCUCGAUCCACGAGCCAAUUGCAGAACGAUCGUUGUCGCUCAAGGAGAUUCUCGUGGUAGUCUGGCCAAGAAGUGCGGCAUCUCGGGCGCCAACUUUACCAAAUACAAUCCCAAGAAGAAUCUUUGCUCGACACUGGCCGCCAAACAGCGUGUGUGCUGCUCCUCCGGCACUCUCCCCAACUAUGCGCCGAAACCCCAGUCCGAUGGCGUCUGUGCCACAUAUCUAGUGAAGAAGGGCGACACCUGCGCCGACCUUGCGGCAUCCUACACCGUGACGGUCACUCAGAUCGAGAACUGGAACAAGAAGACCUGGGGCUGGAUGGGCUGCAAGGAUCGCCAAGCAAAGAUGAAGAUAUGUUUGAGCAGCGGCGAUGCGCUCAUGUCGGCACCCAUUGCGAAUGCCAAAUGCGGUCCUCGGGUUCCAGGCACCAAGAGGCCAACAAACGCAACCGCUCUGGCAUUGCUUAAUGAGUGUCCUCUCAAGGCCUACUGUGACAAAUGGGGUCAGUGUGGCAUUACCUCCCAGUUCUGCACUCAGAUCGACUCGGCAAUAGGCGCCCCUGGAACAUCAAAGAACGGGAGCAAUGGAUAUAUCUUCAACUGCGGCACCAAGCUCAUCUCCAGUGCGGCUCCCGCUCAUUUCAAGUCUGCCGCAUAG